GCAGACACUGGGAAAAUGCAGCAUGCACAUUUGGAAUCUUGAGAUAAAAGAAGCUCCUAAGUACGUCACUACUUUUCAGGUACAGGCUAUGGUGCGAGGGAAUACCUUAGCAACAGAGAGGCUGAUUUUUAAACUCUUGACAAAGGGAUACACUAAUGCCACCAUCAGUAUCAGUGUCCCGUCUGGUGGAGUCAACAUCAUGCAUAAAGAUCCAGGCCUUUGUCCAGAGGAGACCAUGCUUACAGUGUAUGGUAGAUAUGUGUGGCAUGAAAUGACGGCUCAAAGCGAGUAUAGCAUGGGGUGUUUGAGAGGGAAUGAAAGUGCUACAAGGUUUUGUAAGUUAAAUGGGUCAACUGACAGAGCAGCGUGGGAUCAUCCAGACAUGAGCAAGUGUACAAGGACGGUUUCAGAUUUUGAUGAUUUGGAAAAUAUCACAGUUACUGCUGACAACUCAGCAGACAUUGUGGACAUGAUUGAGGAUCUUUUAAAUGAACAAACCAAUCUAAAUGAUGCUCAGCUGGACAUUGUGCUUGAAAAACUGUCUGAGGUCACUGAGGUUGGAACCUUGACCACAGACCUGUCCAGCGACAUUACUAAAAUUGUUUCAGGAAUCUGUUAUAUCAAAACUAGUCCCACCCAAGUCAACAAAAUUCUUUCUAUUACAGACCUUAUGGGAGACAGGACGGUGUUCGAGGGAGAUGCUCAUAACAUGACAGCACCUUCAUUAGCACUUCAACUGAUCAACCCUGACACCUCUCAGUUCCACGGCCUCACAUUCGGGGUGUCCUCCUUACUGAAUGAUAGCACCCCUGAGAUAUUUUAUGACAAGAACUUUACAGAGCAUCCAGACACAGGAACUGUAGCAUUCAUUGCCUUACCUCAUACAAUUGAAAGCUUUUUCCCGAACAGUGGAGAAAGACCUCGUGUACAGUUUCAUUUUUAUGGCACAGAAAAGUUCUUUGAGGACCCUACAGCAGACAUGAAGCUAAACUCUUAUAUAGUAUCUGCCAGUGUCACCAAUGUCACAGUAAGCAACCUUGAGAUCCCAGUGAUGCUCACUCUCCGCCAUCUCCAAAACAAAGAGGACUGGGACAUUGUCAAGUGUGUCUACUGGGACUUCAACCAAAAUGAUGAGAAAGGUGGAUGGAAUGAUACAGAAUGUGAGACAGUGACGUCUAAUGCCACUCAUACAUCCUGUUCCUGUGAUCACCUCACACAUUUUGGAGUUCUUCUGGAUAUCUCUAAAACCCCAAUAAGUGCAAAGGAUGAAAAGAUUCUGACUAUCAUGUCAUACCUGGGCUGUGGUAUAUCCUCAAUCUUUCUUGGAGUCACACUGUUGACCUAUUUGGCCUUUGAGAAACUGAGGCGAGACUACCCUUCAAAGAUCCUUAUCAACCUCUCCAUAGCCUUGCUAGGGUUGAACAUGCUCUUCCUGGUGAACUCCUGGCUUGCCUCUUUUAACAGCAAUGCCAUCUGUAUUACAGCAGCAGCCUUUUUACAUUACUUUUUCCUGGCUACCUUUACUUGGAUGGGACUGGGUGCAAUCAACAUGUAUCUGGCCUUGGUCAAGGUCUUUAAUUCAUAUGUGCCAUCUUACAUCCACAAAUUCUGUGCUCUUGGAUGGGGUUUACCUCUGCUGGUUGUAAGUUUAGUGCUUGCCAUUGAUAUAAAUUCAUAUGGCACCAUCUUCUCCAGAGCACCUUUCCAAGAAUCCACUGCAUUUUGCUGGUUAAAGAAUGACGUGACCUUUUAUGUGACGGUGGUUUCCUUCGUGACCCUGGUCAUGAUCUGUAACAUCUGCGUGUUUGCCGUGGUGCUGGUACAGAUCCAUAAAAUGCGAGCCAAUAAGCCCUCCAGCAGCCGAAAAGGGUUCCUGCAUGACCUGCGAGUGGUGGCCAGUCUCAGCUUCCUGCUGGGACUCACCUGGAUACUAUCCUUUGGUGCUUGGGGCCCGGCCAAAACACCCCUGCUGUACCUGUUCUCUCUCCUCAACAGUCUUCAAGGUUUCUUUAUCUUCCUGUUUUACUGUCUGAUGAAAGACAAUGUAAGGAAGCAGUGGAGGAUACAUCUCUGCUGUGGAAGAUUCAGACGGACUGAAUAUUCAGACUGGAGUCAUUCUGUGACAUUGGGGGCCAAAGCGAAAGGUGGUCUACAAAUCUCCUCACCGUCCAUGAAGACAGAGACUACCAGCGAAAUGAAGAGCUCUGAUACCUCAAUCUCAGGGACCAGCCACGAUGGGGUUUUUUUUCCAACACGGGACAGAAAAACAAUAAAAUAAAAUGUGUAUUUAAUUUC